AUGAUGGCUUCACUACUAACGAAAACUGUGCCUUGGCACGAGGGUGAGGAGAAAGUCCAGCGACUGCUCCAAGUCCCCGAGCGAGACAACCCCACCACCCCGUACCUCAGCCCGGGAGCCGGAUUUCUAGUCCAACAAGCCCCACUCCUCGCCUUGGGGACACUCGACUCUGAAGGCCGACCGUGGUCAACCAUAUGGGGAGGCACGGAAGGCUUUGCAGCACCGGUCGCGGAGUCCUCCAUUGGGCUUCGGACGCAAAUAGACACCAAAUAUGAUCCGGUGGCCCAAUCACUCCUGGGUAACUGGGAUGACCAGCAUGACAACUAUUUGGGGAAGAUGGUCUCGGGGCUUGCAAUUGACUUGGAGCACCGCAAGAGAGUAAAGCUGUACGGCAGAAUGGAAUCGGGCUCAAUAUCUCACACAGAUCCCGGGCAGGCGCAGUUGGUCGUCCACAUCGAGGAGAGCAUGGGGAAUUGUCCCAAGUAUCUGAACAAGAAGCAUAUUGUGCCUGCAAAGCCUGACCCCGUCCUGAUAUCCGAUCUGCCGCAACUAAUUCCCGCCGCAGUUGAGCUCCUAGCUCGUGCGGACACCAUGUUUGUGUCCUCGUCUCGUGGAACCAUCAAUAUGGACACUAAUAUCCGAGGUGGUCCACCUGGAUUCGUGCGUGUGCAGUCCAACGAGUCCAGUGGCGCUGUGCUCGUAUACCCUGAGUAUUCGGGAAACAGACUGUAUCAAACACUGGGCAAUCUCCAAAUCACACCACUGGCUGGCUAUGUUGUGCCAGAUUUCGAGAACGGGAAUGUGCUCUACCUGACAGGUCGCACAGAGUUGCUGGUUGGCAAAGCAGCUUCCGCUGUGCUUCCAAGGUCCAAUCUCGCUAUACGGGUCACCAUCGCCGCCGCACUCUUCGUCCAAAAUGGGCUCGCGUUCCGUGGCAUACCUGGAGAAUUAUCUCCGUAUAAUCCAAGUGUGCGAUACUUUAUCGGCGAAAGGCAGAUUCCUAGCGCCCAAGAGGGUUCUGUCUCAGAUGCGACAGCAACGAUGAUAAAGAAAGAGAGCAUAACACCGUCCAUCAAACGAUUUAGAUUUCGGAUAUCCAGCCGUGUGCCGGCGUCGUGGACUGCAGGGCAGUAUGCCACACUCUCAUUCGAAGAAGAAUUGGACAUGGGAUACAGCCACAUGAGGGACAGUGACCCAACCAGCCUGAACGAUGAUUUCGUUCGAACAUUCACUGUAUCUUCUUACCCCGGUCAAGACAUCCCCAAAGACCAAUUCGAGAUGAUGAUCCGACGGAACGGUCCUGUGACCGAAUACUUGUUCCAAGUAAAUGAGCGGGCAGGUCUGGAAGUUCCACUCAAGGGAUUCGGGGGCAGCUUCCAAAUCUCAACAGCAGAGGGAAUCACCCCCUUCAUAGCAGGAGGUAUCGGUAUCACGCCGCUUCUUGCCCAACUUCCAGAUCUGGAUUUGUCCCGACUGCGACUAUUCUGGUCAGUCCCAGUUCAAGACAUAGGGUUGGUGCGUGAUACCUUCCAACGGUGGCCUCAGUUGCCCAUGUCAACGACUCUGUUUAUAACCGGUGCGGGGCUUGACGGGGCCGAUCGGCGGGUGUGGGACGGGUUGCCAUCUGAAACACAAUUAGUGCGGCGACGAAUGCAGGCCGAGGACCUGGACCUGACACUAGCAGAUCGUUGGUACCUUUGCGCAGGUGUUGCUCUGAAGCGGAUGGUGCUGAAUUGGCUUGCUGGGAAGACCGUGAUCUAUGAGGAUUUCAAUUACUGA